GGGCCGGCCUCCUGAGGCUGACGCACAAGAUGGCGGCGCGGGAUGACAGCUGGGGGUUGCGGGCUGAGGCGGGUCAUUGAGUUGUAGCACGGGACGGGGACCCCAGAAAGGCCUCGCUCAGGCGACAGGUGGGCGGGCCGCGCCGCUGGCCCCGGGGCGGUGCAUGGCGUCCUCGUUGCUGUCUCCAGGUUUUACCGCCUCCCAAACCCUGUCCCGGGGCGGAACCAAAGAAAGGUCAGGCCAGGCUGUCCCGCCUCUCUUCGUCCUGGGGCGGUUCCCGAGAGAGGCUCACUUUUAGAACUGGCUUUAGCCACGUGUAGCUUCCAUGGCUGCGGUUCAGGCCCCGGGGGAGAAGAUUAGUAUCCUGGCAGGAGAGACGAGCAAGAUCGGGGACCCGCAGAGGAACGACUGGCCCGAGCAGGACAGGCUUCCCGAGCGAUCGUGGAGACAGAAGUGCGCCUCCUAUGUGUUGGCCCUGAGGCCCUGGAGCUUCAGUGCCUCCCUCACCCCGGUGGCCCUGGGCAGUGCCUUGGCCUACAGAUCCCAGGGUGUCCUGGAUCCCAGGCUGUUGUUGGGUUGUGCUGUGGCUGUCCUGGCUGUGCACGGGGCCGGCAAUUUGGUCAACACUUACUAUGACUUUUCCAAGGGCAUUGACCACAAAAAGAGUGAUGACAGAACUCUGGUGGACAGGAUUUUGGAGCCCCAGGAUGUUGUACGAUUUGGGGUCUUCCUCUACACCCUGGGCUGUGUCUGUGCUGCUUACCUCUACUACCUGUCCACCCUGAGACUGGAGCACUUGGCUCUCAUCUACUUUGGAGGCCUGUCUGGCUCUUUUCUCUACACAGGAGGAAUUGGAUUCAAGUAUGUGGCACUGGGAGACCUGGUCAUCCUCAUCACUUUCGGUCCGCUGGCGGUGGUGUUUGCCUACGCUGUCCAGGUGGGGUCCCUGGCCAUCUUCCCUCUCGUCUACGCCAUCCCUCUGGCCCUCAGCACGGAGGCCAUCCUCCAUUCCAACAACACCAGGGACAUGGAGUCUGACCGGGAGGCGGGCAUCGUCACGCUGGCCAUCCUCAUCGGGCCCACCUUCUCCUACGUCCUCUACAACACGCUGCUCUUCCUGCCCUACCUGAUCUUCACCAUCCUGGCCACACACUGCAGCAUCAGCCUGGCGCUGCCCCUCCUCACCAUCCCCAUGGCCUUCGCCCUCGAGAGGCAGUUCCGCAGCCAGGCCUUCAACAAGCUGCCCCAGAGGACAGCCAAGCUCAACCUCCUGCUGGGCCUUUUCUACGUCUUUGGCAUCAUCCUGGCACCGGCAGGCAGCCUGCCCAGGCUCUGAGGAGCCCACAGCUCCCACCACAGCACAGCCCUCCUUAGGAGGUGCAGAAGCCAGACUGAGAAGGGCGCCACUAGCCAGGGUCUCGAACUCUGCCCUUGUGGGUCGGGAUCAUCUUCGUAACGAUAAUCUGCUUGUGAUUUGCGUCCCAUUUUGUGGGGAACCCUGAAACCACUCUAGUGUCAGAAUUGGACACACUGUCCUGCGUUAUUUAUAAUCUCCACUAGAGGGUGUCGUCAGGCCACUUUGGGAUAGAAGGUCCAUUUCCCCCUUGUUCUAGACAGGAUGCCCCGGCAAUUUGUGAAGAAGCUGUGUCCCAAAAGAGCCAUGGUGACUCGGCAUGGCCCUGCCCUGUUACCUCGGCACGCAUUGAGGAAACCGUGCUAAUUGGUGCCGGGUGGCAUUUACAUAGAGCGCCUGUCCCCGGAACGUGCUGCCUGCUGGAGAAGGGCCCUCAUUAGCACCGUGUGCUCCUGGCUUCUUGUGUAGUUGGCGAUUCAGGCGUCUCUGUCCUUCAUGUCUCCUUUCACUCCUCGCCACUGUGGAGGAAAGUGUCAGGUCACCCUGCAGCAGGACAGUUAAGCCUGGGCGUCUGAGAAAAGCACUCCGUUUUCAGUAAAACCUGGCAUGGAGGGUGAGGGGCUGCUUCCCUCUGUAGAGUCCACGAGGAGGGCAGUAAGUCUGGGGCCCUGAAGUGGUAGUGGGAUGGGCGUUUGAAACCCACAGGGCGUGUCUCCUCCCAGCUGCCUCCCCUGGUGUUCCUCUUCCCUACCCAGCAUCUCUGUCCCUCCACCCGUCUCCAGUGUCGAGACUGUGGACAGCAGUCACACGUGAGUCAGGGACCUACCCCCAUCCUCAGAGCCACCAGGUGGGCCAAGCAGGGGCCUUCUGAAUGCACGAGCCAGUAGACACAGUCCUGGCCGCCCUCUGCCAGAGCGAGAGGCCCUGCCAGUGAAAGACCUACGAGCACGGCUCCUCCAUGUCUGCUCUGGUGCCUUGUCCAGGGUGUGGCUUCAGGGAGGUCGCAUGCAGAGGACCAGCGGUGUCCCUCUCCUGUCUACUCUCUGAGUAUAACAUCUUACACGGAGAUGAUCAAUCCAUCUCCGGUGUGCUGUACUCUGAUCAGCUGUCCUGGAGGGGGCUGCAGCUCUUGGCCCACGGAAAACUACCUUGAGUUAGCCCUGGGUCACUUGCUGGGGAAGACAUAUUCCAGCCUUGCCCAGAGUUCCUCCUUAGGGUGAUCUGUCUGCCAGAGAGCCGGGGUCCCCAGCUUGGGUCAGGGUCCAGGGACCCAGGGAAGGAGUGCUCUUGCCUCUUCUCCCCAGCACGCCGGGUUUGUGGCAUCUGGUGCUUUCGAGUGUCCUGCCUAUGACCCCUGCGUGGGACUGACCAUUGUCUCCCAGAGCCUGGAGGACCAAUGACUCUCACUGUCAGAAACCAGGCCUGGCACGUGGCUAUCCUCAUCAGAACUGUCAGCCGCUAUACCGCUACACUGGUGCAGAUUUGAAAUGCCUAUUUUUAUAUACUAUCCCCAGAGGCCGUAUUUGGUGCCACAUUUUGUAUACAGUCCACCAUAAUUUGUAUUACGUCUCCUGAUUCAAUGAAAAGUUUCCUGUAGAUUUGUUAAUUAAAGAGAAAGCGCAUGUCA